AUGAACGAGCACAAGUUUGAGCACAUCAAGCCAGACCUGCUCAAGCAGCUUCGGCUUUCGAGCGCUCAAAAUGUUCAGGACCGUUUGGCAGGCACAGCAAUUCUCUCGGCGCUGGUCGACAUUGACACUCUGGAGACAAAGCAAAAGUUCCGCAUUGUAAAGCAAAUUGGAGCGCUGCUAAAGAGCUCCGACAUGGAGGUGUGCGCCGAGGCAGCAGCACUGUAUGGCAAGGUCAUAGCAAAGCAUUGGCCCGAGGCCACAAACUCAGCCGAAAAGGAUGUCGGCAUGUGCCUCGAGUGGCUGAGCAACGAGCGCAACGACGUGCGGCGGAUGACCGCACUGCUGCUUCUAAAGGCGCUGUGCACAGACACAUCCACGUCGUUGUACUCGUACAUAUCAAAGAUCCUGACCUCACUCAGCUUGCCGCUGCGCGACCGCCGGCUUGACAUGCGCCUCGCAGCAGCGAAAGCGCUCGGCGCGUGCCUGAGGCUGGUGCAGAAGCAGGACCAGGCGCCGCGGCUCUCGCUUUUAAACUACGUGUUCGAAGACCUGCAGCGCGACCAGCAGAUGGGCACUACCGAGGGAUACCACGCGAUGCUCCUGCGGUACCCUGAGCUCGUAAAGUCUGGCGGCAUGUUCAUGCAGGCGCACUUUGGCCACGCCAGCGAGCUGGCGCUCAAGCUCAAGGACCACCCCGACGCAGUUGUGCGCAAGGCCGCCAUCGAGCUGCUGCCUGUGCUGGCGCAGUACAGCCCCACGACUUCACAAAGUAUGCGGUCGGCGGCGAGCGCGCACCAGCGAACGCGACCGCGCACUGCGUUCCUAGCGCUGGCCGACAUUGCCAAGUGCUGCAGCACUGAGUUCAGGCCGUACCUCGAGCCAACAAUGCGCGCAAUCCGCGACACGCUGGCCCACCGCGCCAAGUCGCGCAGUGUGCCUGCGCAGACCGAUGAGACAGCAGCGGCUGUUCUCAAAACCAUAUCCACCCUGGCGACCGCAAUGGGGCCGGCGCUGACGCGGUACAUGCGCGACAUAUUGGACCUGAUGUUCACGACCGGGCUGAGCCAAGAGCUGUGCGGCUCGCUGAAGAUCCUGGUGUGCGAGGUUGGCCAGCUGCGGCAGGCCAUCCACGACCGGCUGCUGGACAUGGUGUCGAUCAUUCUGGCCGGUGUGCCGUUCCGCCCAAUGCAGCCCUGCCUGGACAGCCUCGAGAGCCGCAUGGGGUCGGUGUCGCUGCACUAUGCGUCGUCAACAGUGGCAUCGGGGCUGUCGUCGGCAUCGUUGGGCGACAGGUCCGGCAGCUUGUCCGGCAGCAGCGUCUUCAGCAGCGAGCAGACGUCUCUGGUCGUUGCAGCAGCCAGCAACAUCCCGGUCACCACCGAGGUCAUUGUGCUUGCCCUGCGCACGCUGAGCGAGUUUGACUUUAGCAACGAAAACCUGUCCGAGUUUGUGCGCAACAAGGUGCUCGACUACCUGAACGACGCCAGCUCCGAUGUGCGCAAGCAGGCAAUCUAUGCGGCCUCGCACAUCAUCAGGUCAGAUCCGCUGUACAAGGCAAUGGCCGGCGCCGGCGUCGAGGUGGCCGGCGACGUGAUGCAGCGGCUGAUCAUGUCUGCAGUCACCGACCCGAGCGCCGAGGUGCGCCUAAUGGCCGUCGAGGAGCUCAAGGAGGGGAGCUGCUUUGACUUCCACCUGGGCAAGGCGCAGAACAUCCAGAGCCUGUUUCUGCUGCUCAACGACGAGGUGUUCAACGUGCGGCUCGCUGUGCUCGCAGUGCUCGGCAGGCUGGCCAACAUGAACCCGGCGCACGUCAUGCCCCCGCUCCGGCGCAUGGUCGUCCAGCUGCUGACCGAGCUCGAGUUUUCGCGCAGCAGCCGCGAGCGCGAGGACUGCAUUCGGCUGCUGAUUGAGCUGGUUGGCACGGCCGAGAACUGGGUGCGGCCGUACGUCGGCGACAUCUUCCGCACAAUUCUGCCGCGCAUCAACGACGGCGCGUCGCAGCUCGCGAGCAAGCUGCUGGACAUGGUGGCGGCACUGGCACGCGUUGGCGGCAAUGACCUGGUACCGCAUCUUGACACGCUGCUGGUCAGCAUCAUGCAGGACCUGGCCGACCAAACAAGCGUGCAGAAGCGCAUGUCGGCGCUCAAGGCGAUAAGCAGCUGCGCUAGCUUCUGCGGCAUGGUCAUCUACCCGUACACUGAGUACCCGCAGCUGUUCGGCAUGCUGCGCGAGGUUAACCGGGUGCUCGGCGCGCUGGGCGCAAUUGAUCCGCACGUGUUUAAGAACGCAAAGAACAAGGCGGCAGGCAGAGCCGGCAACAGCAGCAGCGCGGCGGGGCCUGCGGGAAUAUUGGCAGCAAUGGCUCUGCUGCACAAGGCAAAGCAGGGCGGCCCGGCGCCCAACGUGAUGACCGUGUUCAACAGCGAGAAGCCGCGCGAGAUCCUGGUCGGCGACAUCCACCAACGAUCCGAACUAUUUACAUCGGUGUCGGUCAACGCACUUCUGCGCAUCCUCAACUCGCCGGCGGACGCCAAGGACCAUCUGCUUGCAGUGCAAGAGCUGAACACGAUGUUUGCCUCGCUCCAGAAGGUGUGCGGGCAGUACCUUGAGAGCGUCGUGCCGGCAAUUCUGCGCGCAAUGGCUGCUGCGCCGCCCGACAGCGCCAACUCGUAUAUCGAGCGCCUCAGCCGCCUUGUUGGCAUUGCGCGCCAGCUGAUCCGUCCAUACUUGGAGCCGUUGUUUGCGCUGUUUGACGCCGAUGCAAUCAUCAGUGAGCAGCAGCAGAAGGUGCUUAUCGGUUUGAUCGAGGUGCUUGCAGAGUCGCUGUCCGGCGACUUUGGCCCGCACAUCGCCAAGGUGCUGCCGUUCCUGAUUGCUGUCAUUGAUCGCGACAUCCCAAGCCUGGAGGGCUACCUGUAUCUGAUCAUGCCGCAGCUGAUUGCGCUGCUGGAGCUGGCAAUGACCCCGCUCGGCGUGGUCGAGCAGGCGCUCGAGUGCAUGGCAACCAUUGUCGCGGCGGUCAACUGCAACAGCUUUGCGUCGCGGAUCGUGCUAAAGCUGGUUCAGCUGCUGCGCAGCGCGCCAACGCCGACGCUGCAGACGGCGGUCAUCGACACAAUGUGCGUGCUCAUGGAGCAGCUGCAGGGCGACUUUGCCUCCAUGAAGGCGCGCGGCGUGGCCGACCACGCCAAGUACAAGCGGUAUUCGCGGCUACUAUUCCUUGGACAGCUCAUUCCCAGAGACCCGCAGCGCGUGCAGUCGCUCAUGCAGGGGACCUGUCGCAGGUCGAUGCGCCCUCGGGCAGGGCGGGACAGCGCUCCAAAGCUGUUUGUCGAUGUCGUGCAGCUGCGGCGCGCCUGGAGCACGACGCAGCGCUUGUCGAAGGGCGACUGGAUCACCUGGCUCAACAACUUUGCUGUCGAGCUGCUCAGGCAGUCGCCGUCGCCGGCGCUGCGCGCGUGCACCAAGGUUGCACUAAGCCAGCCGCGGCUCAGCAGCGAGCUGUUUAACGCUGCGUUUGUCUCGUGCUGGACCGAGCUGCCUGGCCAGUACCAGCAGGAGGUCAUCUCGUCGCUGCAGGAGGUCGCCUCGCACUCUGAUGUGCCUUCGGAGAUUUUGCAGACAAUCCUCAGCCUGGCCGGGUAUAUGGAGCGCGACGAGAAGCAGAUUCCAAUUGACCUCAAGCUUUUGGGUGAGUAUGCCGACCGGUGCCACGCGCUUGCCAAGGAGUUGCACUACAAGGAGGCUGAGUGGACGCUGGAGAAUGGCUAUGGCACGAUCGAGAAGCUGAUUGAGCUGAACCAGGAUCUAGACCUCCAUGACUCGGCAGUCGGCAUGCUCAACUACGUGCGCAAAGAGCAGCCGGACAUUGAGGACUGUGUCGAGUGGCAUCUCCGGCUGCAGCGCUGGGACGAGGCCCUGGCCAUUUAUAGGCAGGAAGAGAGCGAGCUCGGGCCCAGCUAUGUGAACACGAACGGGCAGAUUCGCUGCCUGUUUGAGAUGUCGGACUGGGAGUCCUUGGCGCCAAUCUACGACACCAUUUGGUCGGGGACUGACCAGCAGAUGCAGAUGGCGUCGGCCAACAUCGGCAUGAGCAUGGCGUGGGCGAUGGGCGACAUCGAGCGCAUGGAGCAGUAUCUGGCUGUGCUGCCAAACAAGAGCCGCGACAAGUCGUUUUGUCGCGCGCUGCUGGCCGUGUACCGCAACCAGUUUGAAGAGGCCGAGACCCGCGGGUACGCGCAGGUGUUCCGCUGCCAGAUGCUGACCGAGCUCGAGGAGGUCAUUGCGUACAAGACGGUGCAUGACGACAACGAGCGGCGCAUGGCAAUUGUCAACACGUGGCGGCGGCGGCUGGAAGGCAUUCAGCAGGACGUUGGACUGUGGCAGAAGCUGCUGCGGCUGCGCAGCAUGGUCCUGCGCCCGAUUUUGGAUUUGGAUACGUGGAUCAAGUAUGCCAACAUGUGCCGCAAGUCCGGCCAGAUGAAGAUUGCGCGCCACGCAAUUAGCCAGCUGCUCACUGACGAGGCCCAGUACAUGGAAGAGGUCAACCGCGGCGAGGUCGACGUGAUGUCGGGCAAACUUGUAAUGCAGGCGCAGGAGUUUUCGCGACUUAAGGCGCAGUCGGCUCAGCAGCCACAGCCUCAAUCCCGGCGGGGGUCAAUUGUGGCAGGCGCCUGGGACAGUCGCGGACGCCGGUUUUCGGUGACCAGCGGCGGCGGUGGCCAGCCGGAUACUAUGUAUCUGGAUUCGGCAAUUCGCUUGUCGCAGCAGCCGGCGCUUGUGUACAUGUAUCUCAAGUACAAGUGGGCGGCCAAGGAGCGGCGCGAGGCCUUCCAAAUGCUUGAAAUGUUUGCAGGCGACUACUCAGCCAAGAUCGGCUUUGACCUGCGCAACCCUGACGCCUUUGCUGACAGUCUUGAUGCGCGCGCCCUGGAAAACGUCAACAGCGGCCAUCUGGACCUUGAGGACGAAGUGCGCACAAACCAUCUCUUGGCGCGCUUCUACUUUAAGCGUGCCGAAUGGCUGAGCAGCAUCCAAGCAAGCGCCACUCUGGCCCAGGAGGCACGCAGCAAGGCUGGUCUGAACGGUCCUGGCGUGGUUGCUGGUGGAGGAGACAUUGGUAAUACCGCCAACUCUUCUGGGCCGAAUUUGCAGCAGCAGCUCCUGUUGCAGCAGCGCAGAGGGUCUCGCCAUGGAUCGGCCAACAUGGGACGCAGCCGUGUCUCUAUAUCUUUUUCGGCUACUGGAGCGCCUGUGCUUGAUAGUGCAUUUGGCCGCGGCGCAGACGUCUAUGAGGAUGAGAACGCGGAGGCCCAGGCAGCCAAAGAUGCCGAGUUCCUUUACCGCCUCAAGGGUGACCGUAUCAACGAUUCAAUCAUUGAGUCGUACCGGGCAGCGACUGUGCUUGACAGCAAGUGGUACAAGGCAUGGCAUCUGCUAGCUCUGCGGCAUUUCCACGAGACGCAGCAGUACGAUAUGGAACACGGCACUGUUCCCGAGGAUGUCAUUGCCCAACAUGUUGUUCCUGCAGUCCAUGGUUUCUUCCGCGCCAUUCAAUUGUCAAAGAGUAAUACAACGCUGCAAGACACACUGCGGCUGCUGACAGCGUGGUUUAACUACUCCCAACAUGAGAGUGUUGCGCAGGCCGUACAGGAUGGCUUUAAUACAGUAUCACUGCGUACAUGGCUGCAGGUCAUUCCGCAGAUUCUGGCACGCAUCCACAACCAGUUUGAGAGCACCAGCAAGCUUAUCAAGCAGCUGCUGGUCGAGGUCGGCAAAUUCCACCCGAACGCAAUUAUGUUCUCAUUAUAUGUCGCUGCGCGCGGUACUCAUCCCAAGCGCAGCCAGGCGGCCAAGGAUGUACUGGCCAAGCUGCACGAUCUGGCACCGGAGCUGGUCGAGGAGACCGAAAUUGUGAGUCGUGAACUGAUUCGUAUUACGCUGCUGUUCCCUGAGAUGUGGCAUGAUGCUCUGGACAAUGCCAGUAAGUACUACUUCAAGCAGCACGACCCGGAAGAGAUGAUGCGUAUUUUGAAGCCCCUGCACGAGCGCGCGCGCAAUCCUGAGACACUGCGCGAGUACCACUUUGUGCAGAUGUUCGGCACCGAGCUGGCCACGCAGAGCAGCACCUGUCCCAAUACUUUGGCGCCACAAGCGUGGGAGUCGUACUAUGUUAUUUUCCGCCGUAUCAAUAAGCUUUACCCAGAGCCGAAGAUAUUGACGCUCAAGGACACGGCACCAACUCUAUUGCAAUGCCGUGACAUGCAUUUGGCUGUGCCUGGUACCUAUGAUCCAGACCGCGAACUUGUGCGCAUUGAUUCGUUCGAUCCGGUAGUCACUGACGAGCGUGUCAUGCAGCUAUUUGGCCUGAUUAACUCUCUGUUGACCCGCGAUAUAGAAACCGCACAGAGGUCGCUGGCAAUCGAGCGAUUCCCGGUUAUUCCGCUGUCGUCAAACUCUGGUCUUAUUGGCUUCUACCCGAACUGCGAAAACAUCCAUGGCAUUAUCCAAAGCUAUCGCGAAGCGCACCACCUCUUUGUCAACUUGGAGCAGCGCAUGGCGCAGCAGUUUGCACCCAACCUCGAGACCCUGACCAUUAUCCAGAAGGUCGAGGCAUUCGAGUACGCACUACUGCAUACACCAGGAAACGAUCUGCAGCGUGCGAUGUGGUACAAGUCGCCAAACGCUGAGGUCUGGCUGGAGAGGCGGACUAACUACACUCGCUCCCUGGCGGUGAUGUCUAUCGCCGGGUACAUCCUGGGUCUUGGAGAUCGCCAUCCGUCUAACAUCAUGAUGCACACGUGGACCGGCAACAUCGUGCACAUUGACUUUGGCGACUGCUUCGAGCUGGCUGCCCAUCGCGAGAAGUACCCCGAAACCAUCCCCUUCCGCCUUACGCGCAUGUUUAUUAUGCCCAUGGAAGUGAGUACGAUCGAGGGCCUGUUCAAAUUUACUGCCAACCAUACCAUGCGGGUCCUGCGCGCGAACCGCGAUUCGCUGAUGGCUGUUCUCGAGGCGUUCGUGUUUGACCCGCUGGUCUCGUGGUCUUAUCUCCAAGACGACGAGUCUGCUCAAAACCAAGCCAACGCUGACAAAGCAACCACCGCCAAGCAGCAGCGUAGCUCUAGAGGCACCACCGGCAUGGACAGCCAGAUGUCUAAAUGGGACGAAGUAACGAAUACCAAGGCUGUGCCCGAUGAGACUAACAUGAUGGCUGGGAGUCCUAGCGAUGGCCGUGUCGCAAAGAGCCUUCAUUUCAAAAAUCAUGGCAUCGACGACAGGGGCUGGCAGACCGGAAACCCCAAGGCCCUUGUCGGAACUGAUUUUGACCCAAACAAGCAACUCGACGUGGCCGAGCAGAUCGAGAAGCUGAUUCAGCAGGCGACCUCAUCGGAGAACCUUGCCGUUCUGUAUGUCGGAUGGGUGCCUCUAUGGUAA